GUAAAUGAUGACAGAAUUUUCAUUUUUGGCUGAACUAUCCCUUUAAGUAAUAAUUUUCUGUAUGACUGUAUCAGUCUCUCACAUUGUUUGGAGGUUUUGGUUCUUCUUUACAACAUUGCAAUGUCCAGUUCAUUGAGGUUGGUGGAGCUUUUGUUUAUGCACAUGAUUUCAGUCAGGAUGAGGUCUGGACAAUGACUGGACUGUUGCAACCACUUUAUUAUUUUCUUUUCCGACAUUUUGUUGUAGAUAUGAUUCUGUGCUUGUAUCAUUAUCCUGUUGCAUGACCCAGUUGUGGCUAAGCUUUAGCUGUCAAAUGGAUGUCCUCACAUUGGACUCUAGGAUGGUUUAAUAUAGACCAUUUUCCAAGAUGUAAACAACACUGGUCCAGAAACACUUCCUGUUUCAGUUUGUAACUGUUUUCUUUAUUUCACAUAUAAAAAACAUUUUAAAGAUGAUUUUUAACUUUUUUAAUUCAGUUCUAUAUGUUCUGUUGGUUGUAUUUUAUCCCAACGUUUAUGUAGUGUUAAAAAACUGAAACAGAAAGUGCUUCUGACCCCGUGUUGUUUACAUCUUGCAAAAUGGUCAUACCAGUGGUUCUUAACGUUAUUCCUGGAAGCCCACUGCUCUGCACAUUUUUUAUGUCUCCCUUAUUAAACACACCUGAUUCAAAUCAUCAGCUAAUUAGAAGAGAUCUCCAUGAACUGAACUGUCUGUCAAAUAAAAGAGAUAUACAAAAUGUGCAGAGCACAUGGUCGACUCAAUCACUGUGAGGUGCCCAGGUCAUGUGCCUAUAGACCCUUUUACUGUUUGUACACAAUGAUGACGUGGCAACGUAUGCGCGCACAUUUUGGCAACGGAAGUAUGGCAAGAAUCAGCACUGAAGCAACACAGACAGAGAAAGUUAUUUUAAAACAUUGACUUAUCAACUUUUUUAACACAGCUACCUGAUCCGUAUACUAUAGUGGAGUGGAUAGAAGAUGUUAGCAGAUGGCCAAAUAUAAAGUGGCCAGAUACAUAUAUACGUAGCCUAUAUUAGUUAUUAUAUUAGUGCAACCAAACGCAACAACCAGACAUUUUGAUGCUGGGAAACCAUUUUGAUAAACUUUCUGAGUUGCUAACACGUUAGAACCAAUGGGGAACAAUACCACUUUCGUCGUCAAAAUGCACGCGCAGGCUAUUUGAUCACGUGAGCUGGAAAAGGGUUUAUUGCCCUGCUGACAAAAACAGCAUACCAGCAAGACCAGCAUAUGUUGUGUUUUGGUGCUGGUUUGCUAGUGAACACCAGCUAAACCAGCAUCCAACCAGCACCAGCAUUAGCACCAGCUAAACCAGCAUUAGCACCAGCUAAACCAGCAUUAGCAUACCAGCAUAUGUUGUGUUUUGGUGCUGGUAUGCUGGUGACCACCAGCUAAACCAGCAUAGACCAGCAUAAUUCCCAUGCUGGUCCAUGCUGGUUUGAUUCUGUUUUUUUCAGCAGGGUGAACAAGCAUGUGUUGCAUUUGUUGUGAGGUGUUUGUUCACAUGCAGCUUUGCAAACGUUAGCCAUGCUGUCAAGUUUUUUUCCAGUAGAGGAUUUCCCCUGGCAAUCCUUAAUCACAGGCAUUUGAUUAGCAGAGCCUGAAUACUACUGUCAGACUCUUAAUUCAUCUUUUAACAGUGUCAUAACUUGUCUCAUGUCUUUUUUCCCUUGGUUUAUUUUUGUUAAAUAAAUAAUGACAUGGUGUGAUAUGUCAAGUGUUGUUAUCCAUCUGGUUUUCAUUCUAAAACGCUUUACAUGGCUUAAUGUAGGCUUAAAUGCCUGCAUAGGCAUGUCUGUAUAGUAUGCUUUAUUAACAAGGUGUAGGCUAGACUAUACUGAAUCUUUAAAUGCCAGUCUUAAUGCAUUAAGGCACAUUAAGUGUGUUAAGCACAAUGCAUCAUAUUAGGCCUGAUCUGUUUGUCAAUAUAGAAGGCUGCUUUAUUAAUAAUGUUACAGAUUAGUCUUUCAAUAUCAUGGUCUUGAUGCAUUAAGCAUUUUCUUUAUUUUAAGAUUAGUUCACAUUCAAAUAGCCUGCAAAAAUACAUCAUCCCUGCAGCACUCUAUGCCCAUUUCAGUUUUAAAAUAAAGUAUUAUCAUGGUUUGAGAGUAAUGUGUGGGAGAAACAAUUAGACAAAAGAUAACUUUAAAUUGACUUUUUUACAUUAAUCUGUUCAUUUUUAAUUUUGAUUUAUAAAGAUGCAAAAUGUAAUUAAAUCUAAAAAAUAAGUCAAUAUUUCAUUUUUUUUUUUCAAAACCUCUGAUAAUAUCAGAAGGGCUUAUAAGCCUAAUGGAAAUUUCCUGAACUGUGUGUUCACCUGACAUAUCAAGUCCCCAUCACAACCACCCCACCCCCUGCGAUAGCCAAUAGGGGAUGACAACAGCACCCCUCCCCCAUUCACUCUCAUGCAGUCACGCAGGUGCGACCUCCAUUUUAGUUUAAUUUUGAUCAGAACUUGGAAAGACGAAACAUCUCCCCGGAAUAUUUCUUUUUGAUGGGAGCAUCAUGGACAAAAAAAGCCCAAAUAAAGUCAACAAAAGGAUCAGCAGGUUUGAACGUCGCAUCACAAGACUGAGAAAGCAUCAUGGUGAAUGUGCCAGGAGACAAUCAGCUAGAGAAAAGGCAAUGGAAACAUCAAGUGUUGGCACCAUCAUGCCUCACCAGGACCCAGAUGACCAGGUCCCAUCUCCCCUCCAGCAGGACAUACUUGACUUAAAAUUGAUGUGUAGAAAACGAUCCUUGCUGGAUUCAAAGGGAAAUAUGGACAGUUCAAUACCUUCAGAUGUUACCAAGCCGUUUGGCAAAAAGUCACUGUCUACAAAGAAAUCUGCGGACACAGACAGUGAUGCAGAUACAGAAAUCCUAGAGUUGCCCAGUUCUUCUGUAUCACCAGGAGCCUGUGAUGUCCCAGACCUAAAGAGGACUGACAGUGUAUUCCUUACCAAGAAAUCAUUAGGGAUCAGUUCCACUUCAGAUGACUCAAUUAGCAGCAUUGACAACAGUGAAGACGAGUAUGUGCCUGAAUCGGAGAGCAGUUCUGAAGAAUCUGAAGACAGCAUUCCACAGCCUUUGUCCAGUCCCUCAUCUACCAAUGUGUCAUUAGGUGACAAUGUUGAUUCUUCCUCAUCUUCCAUGAAUGCAGACAAGGAAUGUUCCCCACUUGAAGUUAAGGAGACAAUGACUCAUUCAGAUAAUGACUGCAGUAGUGAGGUUUCUGUAAUGAAACUGAAAAAGACUGCAUAUGGCCAAAGAAUGUACAACAAAAAGCAUUAUUGCUUUUAUUGUUACAAACCAUUCUGCAAAAUGGCAAGACACUUGGCCCAAGUUCAUAAAAAUGAGGUCGAUGUAGCAAAAGCUCUUUCUUAUCCAAAGGGGUCUAAAGAAAGGAAGAUUAAUUUGGAUCUUUUGAGGAAUAAAGGGAACCGUGUACACAACACAAAUGUUCUAAAAGCUGGCAAAGGAGUGUUGGUGCCACGUCAACAAUCCACUGCUAAAAACGUGAAUUUUAAGGACUACUUGCACUGUUUGAACUGCCAAGGGCUGUUCAGGCGAAAAGCACUUUGGAGGCAUAUGUCAAGGUGUAACCUGGCCAAGAAGUGCCAGGUCACAAAACCAGGUAGAUCCAGAGUUCAAGCACUCUGUGCUUAUGCAGAGCCUGUUCCUGAAGGAGUAACAAAAAAAUUAUGGAAACUGAUCAGUGACAUGAAGCAAGAUGAAGUAACGCACGUGGUUAAAAGUGAUGCAUGCAUCAUCAAGUUUGGAGAACACUUGUGCAACAAAAUGGGGAACGACAAAACCAAGCAUGAAUACAUCAGAACUAAAAUGCGUGAGGCUGGAAGGCUGUUGGUAUCUGCUAGAAAAGUUGGAAAACUGCAGAGUAUUAAAGACUUUUUCAUACCCCAAAACUUCUAUGAUGUUAUUAAGGCCGUUAAAGAUACAGCGGGAUACCGAGAAGAAGAUGAGGUCUUUGCAAUUCCGUCUUUGGCGUUAAAACUGGGGCACAACCUAAAAAAAAUGGCAGAUAUUGCAGAAUGUGAAGCAAUGAUUGCAGGAGAUGAAAACAUUGUCCAAAAGGUAAAAAUGUUUAAGAAAAUGUAUACCACAAAAUGGAAUGAAUUGGUGUCAGCCUCAGCCUUGAAGACACUUAAUGAAGCAAAAUGGAACACUCCAGAGCUUCUUCCUUUUACUGAGGAUGUUAAGAAAAUGCACAUCCAUCUCAGCAAGCAAACUAAACUGUACCAAGAAAAGCUAAAACUUGAGAAAAGUCAAAAGAACUGGUCAAAUCUUGCUCAAGUGACUCUGUGUGAUGUAAUGGUGUUUAAUCGCAGGAGAGCAGGAGAAGUUUCGAAAAUGAAGUUGAAUUCAUAUCUUCUCCGAAACACAUCUGUUUUGCAUUCUGAUGUCGCGGUUGCUUUAUCUAAAGUUGAGCAGAAGCUCUGUCAGCAUUUCCAACGUGUUGAAAUUAGAGGCAAGCGAGACAGAAAGGUGCCAAUACUCCUGACCCCAAGUAUGCUGGACUCCAUGGAGCUACUUGUAAAGAAUCGUCAAGCAUGUGGUGUACAUGAUGAAAAUCUUUUUUUUUUCGCAAAACCCAUGACUGAGACAUCAUACUACAAAGGCACGGAUUGCAUCAGGAAGGUUGCCUACCAGUGUGGAGCUGAACGUCCAAAGACUCUAAAAACCACAAAGCUGCGGAAACACAUUGCAACACUUUCUACAGUGCUUAAUCUGAGAGAUACUGAUAUGGACCAAUUGGCAGAUUUUAUGGGACAUGAUAUAAGAGUUCAUAGAAACUUUUACCGACUGCCUGAAGGGACGUUACAACUAGCAAAGAUCAGCAAGGUGCUGAUGGCCCUUGAACAGGGAAGGGUAUCAGAAUUCAAGGGGAAAAACCUUGAUGAAAUUAACCUUGAUCCUAAUGAGAAAGUGAAUGUAGAGACUGAUGUUUCUGAAACUGAUGUUUCUGAAACUGAGGAUGAAGAAAGUGAGGGUGAGAUGCCACAGCCAAAAAAACGACGUCGGUCCUCUUCAACAUCUAUAGCGGAAUCUUCAGUUGGCACCAAGUCUUUGAGGGAAAUGCCACAGCAAGAGAAGCAAUGUCAGUCCCCUUCAACAUCUACAGAAGAAAAUUCAUUUGCCCGCAAGUCGGCAAAGGAGAGAGCGACGACUUCAAACUCAGGUUUGUCAAAAUGCCCCAAAAGAAAGUGGACAGAAGAGGAGGUGAAGGCAGUUGAAAACAAACUUUUAGACUGCAUCACAUCUGGCAGGUUACCAGGGAUAAGACAGUGUGAAGACUGCAUCAGGUCAGCGCCGGAAUUGCUUAAAAACAGAACCUGGAAAUCAGUGAAGUUUUAUGUCAAGAACCGAAUAACAGCAUUCAGGAGAGAGUGUGAGAAAAGAAAGAAAAUGUAAUGUCUCAGGUCAGAUUAUUCCUUUUUUUUUCAGGGAAAUCAAGCACUUUUAAGUUCUAAGAAAAGUUUUUGUACUUGCAUUCGUACAAUUAGUUCUGUGUUUGCACUUAUAUUCGUGCGAUGAGAUCUGUGUUUGCACUUGCAUUCGUACGAUGAGAUAUCUGUGAUUGCACUUUUAUUCGUACGUUGAGUUUUCUAAGAGAAGUUUUUGUACUUGUAUUCGUACGAUGAGAUUUCUAAAUUUUUGCACUUUUAUUUGUACGAUGAGUUUUCUAAGAGAAGUUUUUGCACACUUAUUCGUACGAUGAGAUAUCUGUGUUUGCACUUUUAUUCGUACGUUGAGUUUUCUAAGAAAAGUUUUUGUACUUGUAUUCGUACGAUGAGAUUUCUAAGAGAAGUUUUUGCACACUUAUUCGUAUGAUGAGAUAUCUGUGUUUGCACUUUUAUUCGUACGUUGAGUUUUCUCAGAAAAGUUUUUGUACUUGUAUUCGUAUGAUGAGAUUUCUAAGAGAAGUUUUUGCACACUUAUUCGUACGAUGAGAUAUCUGUGUUUGGACUUAUAUUCAUACGAUGAGAUCUAUGUUUGCACUUGUAUUCGUACGAUGAGAUUUCUAAGUUUUUGCAGUUUUCUAAGAGA